GGGGUCUGGCCGGUGUUGUUGUCGGGCCACCGCAAUGAGGUGGUCUUUUAAUUUGUUCAUGGUUGCUACUCUACCGGGGGUCAUUAAUAGAAAAGGCGUCGCUGUCUCCUCAAUUUGGGAUUCACGUCAUUCUCCUUGCCUAACCAACAAGCUCUGUUUGUCUGCGUUUCUUUACAAACUCACAUCUACAUAUCAUUUUAAUAUAUACAACUCACUUCAUCACACUCGCUUUUCAACCACUCACCAUUGAAAAACCAAACAAACAAACCAAAAUGAAGUUCUCCAUCAUCCUCGCCGCCGCCGCCACGGCCGUCGUCGCUCAGGACCUCUCUUCCCUCCCCGCCUGCGCUGUCGACUGUCUGAGCAGCGCUAUUGCCUCUUCCGGCUGCAACGGCACCGACGUCGCCUGCCAGUGUGGUGAGAAGAAGAAGGACAUUGCCAACGUCGCUACUCCUUGCCUGCUCGCCAAGUGCACCGACCCUGGCGACCUCUCCAAGGCUGCCACCAACGGCGAGGCCCUGUGCAAGAACGUCCCCACCGCUGUUCCUACCUCCUCCAGCGCCGCCCCUACCACCACCCACGCCGGCAACUCUUCGGCCUCGGCCAGCACCACCAUGCCCUCCAUGUCGACUGGCGUCCCCAAGACCAACGGCACCUCUGCUGCCUCUCCCACCGCUUCCCCCACCAGCACCAGCGGCGGCAGCAGGAACCCCAGCGGCACCAGCGGCGGCUCUCCCUCUGCCACCACGCCUGCCGGCUCUGGCGCCUCCGCCGCCACUAUCGGCGCUGCUGCUCUUCUUGGUCUUUUCGGUGCCGUCCUUGCUUUGUAAACAAGCUACGUUCUUUGCUUUCCGAGGUGCAGACUUAUGAAGUGAACGGAGCUCGAAAAUCAGUCGACGUUCUGGGACGACGGGAUGAGACGAGAUUGGAUGGCGUUUCAUUAAAGCUUUCAAGCUUUUGGUUCAAAGUUGGGACGACCAUGCGCUAGUGAUCUAUCAAGCCUUUUUUUUUUUACUUAUUCUACUGCAGCAUAGCACGGUGUACCUAAUAUAAUUUUGACGCGCCGAAUCAGAUACUCUUUUUUCUGUGUCAGCGACUCUGUAAUGCUGGUCAUAAAUUUACAUUUAUUUGUCAAUGAA